AUGCAUGUCGCUCCUAUCUGUCGGCUGGCGACGUCACGGCCCUUCAUUCUGGGCUUUGGCCAACAGAUUUGCUGCCGAACCACCUCUACGCACUUUUCCGGAGGGUGGCGGAUCAGUCCCACCCCCGCGCGUCUUCUUCGGGGGAGCUGUGGCUGGUAUUCCGACAUUGGCAGGCCGGCAGUCGAGUCUGGCUUGAAACCGGGGAGGGUGUUCCUUCCUGGGAGGCUGGCCGAGCUGAUGCCAGAGACAGGGCCCACAGGACGUUGUGGCUAUGGCUUGGGGCCGUUUCUUAUGGACCGGGCCUUUUACCCGCGGCCUGUCGCAGCUGCGGCGCUCCGACAGCAUUCCGCUGCAGACGCUGCGAUUCAGCAGCUUGUGGGGACUGCCUGGGACGCUGCCUGGGGUGCGCGUGAGGACGGAGAGCCUCGAAAGGGGCGCUCCCUUUCUUCGUUCUGGCAGGAGCCAGUGGUUGCGGAGUCGACCGCCGGAGGGGACCUGGCUUUUUGUCCGGCGGUGGCGACCCGCCCGGUCUUGAGUCCUUCUCCUGCUCUGCCUCUGCUGUUGCCCGGCCUUCGCGAUCAGCUUCCACGGCGGCAGGAGAUGGCGAUAGCCAGCCCCCCGUCCUCCGGCCUCUUCGGGGAGGGUACCCCGGUAGAGGUCCGAGUGGAGGCUUGGCGCCGCGCCUUUGGUCUGGCCGAUGACGAGGAGUUCGCCUACGUAUUUAUGUCGGCGGAAGAGGCGCAGAGGCAAGCUGGAGCAGAAAUCGCGGCCAAAUGGCGCGAAGUCCGCGAGCGAGUGGACGAGGGCAAGGCUCUGGCUUUCGCACAUGAGGCAGCCCAAGCUGGAGCGGCGGAACUUGCCGACCUUUGGGUAGAUGCCAAGGUUCAGCGCCCGAGCGGUGAGCUCAACGCGGGGCGCCAAGCUGAGUGGGAGAACUUUGUGAGGCGCCGUGCUGCCAAAGUGUGCAGCGAAGCGGAAGUGGCCACGAUCAAGAAGGCCGUGGUCUCUCUCCGCGAACUUCAGCAUUUCCAGGUUGCCCGGGGCAGAGACGGGCUUGAAGAGGUGGACACCCUGGACCUGGACGCCUUCAUCUUCAACUCGGCCGCUCCUCAUCGGUGUGCCGUGGCGGGCUUGCGGUGGGCUGCCAAGCAAGCGGAGCUCACCUGGAAGAUUCCGGAUGCACCCCGGACUGAGCAGCGCCGGAAGCCCAGGGACGAGCGGCAGGCCACCUUGGCCGAACCGCCGAUGCUGGUUCACCUGGAGAAGGUUAUUGAGGAACGGUGCAUUAUGGGCGACCCUCGGUGGACUGCGAUGCUGGGGCAAUGGAUGCAGGCCUCCAGCUGCAUGCGGUAUGCCCACCUUCGCAGGAGCGAGGUCCUGCGCAUCACGGGGUCGACCGUGCAUGCUUUCUGCAACAAGGGCAAAGCGCCGCCUGCGGCCCUGCCCAAAGGCAGGCGGAGCCAGUGCGGGCUAUGCUUCGAUGCUCGGGGCUUCUCGUGGUCCCUCAGGGAGUCUACCCUGGCCGUGCAGGCGGCUUUCACGGACGUGGUGGCCAAUCCGGAGGAGCUGACCUCCUAUAGCUGGCGCCGGUUGGGCCCUUCUGUGGCUAUGCUGGCGCAGCUUUCGCCGGGCGAGUCGAACGCCCUUGGGGACUGGCAAGAUCGAGUUUCUGACCAGAGGAGUGCCAUGCCCGUCCACUACAGUGGGUUGCGCUACAAGGAGAGCGUCCGGGUCAAGCACUUGGUGUGGGCCUAUAUGGGGGAGUUGCGCCCCUAUCCGACGUGGGAUGCGGUGACCCCGCAGGACGUCGCGGAGCACACGACUUUGGCCCAGUCCCUCUGCGAAACACAGGUCAGGGCUGACAAGGAGCUCCUGUGGCAGGGACCCGCCUUCGCCGCGCAUAAGCCCAAGAAGUUUACCAUGAGGUUGGCUGCCCCUCUUGCACGCAGGUCUUUGGCCGGCCCGGUGCUACCUCUUGCGAAGCUGCGGUCGAAGCGCAGGGCGGAGCCUAAGGCAGUGGCGAGCAGCUCGGCCCGGCCCAGCUCGGCUGCUGCGGAGGUGCCCGCACCUGGUUCCCCCAUGCCGCCCUAUAUUGGCCGCCACAAGACGUCGCAGAACUUCAAGGACGGCGCACCGGCUUUAACCUGGGUGACUGUCGGCGUGGAUCCGAUUGCCCUUUCCUCCACAGGUGCGCUGCCACCAAGCUCUCUACAGACAGAGUCUGCGGCGGGAAGCAUGCGGCCCUGGACUGCCGCACAAAGAAAUAUGGCCUACCUCCCGGCUACGUCGUCCCCGGACAAUCGCCAGAGCCGGCGCCUGCUUCCCGACGGCGUCCGGCCGACGCACCGGCCGAAGGUGAUGGCCGGCGAGACUCCAGAAGGAGGGUGGCGACAGGUGGUGACGUGGCUCCCCCGCUUCCCCUGGCUUCGCCUCCGGGGGCGUUACCUUGGGGGGCAGGAGCAGGUUUGGGUCACCGGCGCGAGGCACCGGCUCCGGUACGCCGGGUUGACACGGCAGCAGCGACAGGCUCCACGGGCCUUCAGGACCCCGCCGGCGCCGGACCCCACAGAGGCUGAGAACCAGGCGGUCUUCGACAAUUUGGCGGGCAGGGAGGAAGAGUGGCUCCGCAUCUUCAGUGCAGUCGCACGCACGCUUUUGGCGGGCCACAAUGUAUUACUCCACUGUAUGGCGGGCCGGCACAGAGCUGCGACUACCGGCGUCGCAUGCCGGGCGGUGUUGGCAGGCGAGACCCAGGAGGAGGCGAACCAGGCGAUCCUGAGGGUGAGGCAGAUCGAGGUGGAUCGCGCUAUCCAGCAAGACCGCAGCCUGGGUCCGUGGUUGGCCGGGGCCGUGCGUAACACACGUGUCCCCCCAACACCUGUGCAGCCACGCGGAUACAUCGCCACUGCGAGCUCGCACCUCCACCUCGAGUCCCCGGAGGAAGGCGUUCCUAUCUGCAAGCACAAGCAGGGUAUCGAGAGGCGCCGGUUGGCCAACCCGCAGCGCACGACUAGCAAGCUAGAGGCCAUUGGAUGGGAGCGACCCAUCUGUGAGGGCUGCUUUUCACGAGCAUCCUCCAAGUAUUUUCCGGUAUAG